AGCCACUGAGGCGCUGACCUCCUCCUCCCCCCCGGGACAGGCAGCAUGUCGGGCCCCGUGCCAAGUCGAGCGAGGGUCUACGCAGAUGUGAACACACAGAGGCCCCGCGAGUAUUGGGACUACGAGUCGCACGUCGUGGAAUGGGGCAACCAAGACGAUUACCAGCUUGUGCGGAAACUCGGCCGUGGCAAAUACAGCGAAGUCUUCGAAGCCAUCAAUAUCACCAACAACGAGAAGGUGGUGGUGAAAAUCCUCAAGCCAGUCAAAAAGAAGAAAAUCAAGCGUGAAAUUAAGACUGAAAACCUCCGAGGGGGGCCCAACAUUAUCAGUCUUCUGGACAUAGUCAAGGACCCCGUGUCACGGACACCCGCCCUGGUCUUUGAGCAUGUCAAUAACACAGAUUUCAAGCAAUUGUAUCAGACACUGUCGGACUUCGACAUCCGGUUCUACAUGUACGAAAUCCUGAAGGCGCUGGAUUACUGCCACAGCAUGGGCGUCAUGCACCGGGACGUCAAGCCGCACAAUGUCAUGAUUGACCACGAGCACCGGAAGCUGCGUCUGAUUGACUGGGGCUUGGCCGAGUUCUACCACCCCGGGCAAGAGUACAACGUGCGGGUGGCCUCCCGGUACUUCAAGGGGCCAGAGCUCCUGGUGGACUACCAGAUGUAUGACUACAGCCUGGACAUGUGGAGCCUGGGCUGCAUGCUGGCCAGUAUGAUCUUCCGCAAGGAACCCUUCUUCCACGGCCACGACAACUACGACCAGGUGAGGUCACUGUCCUCUGGUCCCUGA